GGUGAUCCUGGGUGGCUCUCAUUUCUGCCCCAGCUGGGGUAGGAAGGACCCAGAGGAGGCUAGGAGAGAAUGAUGAAGAGGCAGGACCAGGAGGAGCUAAUGGGGAAGGGGCCCCAAAGAGCACUGAAUGGGUGCAUUGGUGAUUAGCAUUGAGGAGACCCGAAGAGGAGGGGGUCGAGGGACAGGCGGAAAGGGCGACGGGGCCAGAACCAGGACCGCACUGACCCAGUGGACAUGGGGAAGGGAUGAGGCUGGGUCCAGAAGGACUGACCCAAAGGGACGAGACCAAGGGAAGGGCGACAUGUAGGUGGCGGGAGGGGAGGGGGGGGGUGGCUGUGAGCCUAUUAAGGGGAUUGGGGAAGCAAAUCAGGGAGGAGGCGCUGUCCGGCGGGGAAGAUCGGAGCUCUCUCCCCAGGCUGGGGAGGGGGAGGACGAGGGAGGGGGGCCACAUCCAUAUAAGGCGGGUCGGCGGCCCCUGCUCUCUCCGAGUAGCGCGGGCAGGGGCGGCCGCAUCCCGAUGACUGGGCGCAGCGACAUGGAGCCGCCGGCCGCGUUCUCGGGCUUCCCGGCCCUGCCCGCGGUCGCGCCGUCGGGGCCGCCGCCGUCGCCGCUCGCCGCGGCCGAGCCGGGGCCGGAGCCCGAGGAGGCGGCCGCGGGCCGCGGGGAGCCGGAGCCCGCCCCCGCGCCCGGCCCGGGGCGGCGGCGGCGGCGGCCCCUGCAGCGCGGGAAGCCGCCCUACUCGUACAUCGCGCUCAUCGCCAUGGCGCUGGCGCACGCCCCGGGCCGCCGCCUCACGCUGGCCGCCAUCUACCGCUUCAUCACCGAGCGCUUCGCCUUCUACCGCGACAGCCCGCGCAAGUGGCAGAACAGCAUCCGCCACAACCUGACGCUCAACGACUGCUUCGUCAAGGUCCCGCGCGAGCCGGGCAACCCGGGCAAGGGCAACUACUGGACGCUGGACCCCGCGGCCGCCGACAUGUUCGACAACGGCAGCUUCCUGCGGCGCCGCAAGCGCUUCAAGCGCGCCGAGCUGCCCGCGCUGCCCGCCGCCGGCCCGCCGCCCUUCCCCUACGCGCCCUACGCGCCCGCGCCCGGGCCCGCGCUGCUCGCGCCGCCGCCCCCCGCCGCGCCCGGGCCCGCGCCGCCCGCGCGCCUCUUCAGCGUCGACAGCCUGGUGAACCUGCAGCCCGAGCUGGCGGGGCUGGGCGCCCCCGAGCCGCCCUGCUGCGCCGCGCCCGACGCCGGCGCCGCCUUCCCGCCCUGCCCGGCCGCCGCCUCCCCGCCGCUCUACACGCCCGCCCCCGAGCGCCUGGGGCUGCCCGCGCCGCGCCCCGGCCCCGGCCCCGGCCCGCUCCCCGCCGAGCCCCUGCUGGCCCUGGCCGGGCCCGCCGCCGCGCUCGGCCCGCUCGGCCCCGGGGAGGCCUACCUGAGGCAGCCGGGCUACGCGCCCGGGCUCGAGCGCUACCUGUGAGCCUCCGCGGCGGCCAGCCCCGCCCUGCGCGCCCCGUCCUGCCCGGCUUGGCUCGGCUCGGCUCGGCGCGCGCCUCGGGGACGGAGCGCGCCUGUGACACCUGGCCGCCCCCACCCCAUUCCCACCUGUGAGCCCCCUCGGGGCGCUCCCCCGGCGCUGGAUCGGGUCCCAAGUUCCAGAGCUGGAGCGCCACCAGCGAGGGAGCCCUGAGCCUUCGGAAGCCAGACUUUCGCUGUGAAGCCGCCUCCUCGACUGGCUGCUAACUUCUUCCGCCUUCCCUCGAGUUUUCACAACACAUUCGAGGUCAGACUUCUGGGUUCAUGACUCCAUUGCUGUCUUGCCUCCAUUUCCCAACAAGUUUGCCCCCACCCCCACUUACCUGUCUGCAAUUUUUUGUUUUUUUUUUUUUUAAACUGGGAGAGAGCGCCCCUUCUGCACUGACACACCUGUCUAUUUCAGUCCGGGAGGACAGUUCUUCGAGAUUUCUGAACAAGCCUUACCAGGGGCUCCGGACUGAAAGGGGGGUUAGUGGGCUGCCCCACCAUUUGGAAAACGUAGGGCUUAUUGGGUUAUUAUUUUUUUAAUUAAAGUUGGUUUGAUUAAAAAGAAAGAAAAAAAUCUUC